AUGGCGACAGAUGCAACUGCCCAGCCUUCUGGAGAUGCCCCUCCGUGGUGGGCUGACCUGCCUGAGCCGCGGGCAACCUGUGAGACGAUUGAGAUUGCAGAGGUCAUGAGCCUUCUGGAAAAGACACUUGCUGGUCCGAAGUACGAAAAGAGGAAUUUUCUUCUUGUCGACGUUCGGCGCAACGACUGGGACGGAGGCACUGUGGCCACAUCCAUCAACCUCCCCGCGCAGUCCUUGUUUCAGACUCGAGCUGUGGUCUAUCAGCUCUGCAAACAAGCUGGCAUCGAGAAGCUCAUAUUCUACUGCGGAAGUUCGGUAGGGCGGGGUACCAGAACUGCACGGUGGAUGCAGGACUACCUGAACGAGGUUGGCGAGACCGGCAUCAGAGCCGUCAUCAUGGCUGGUGGUAUUAAAGGCUGGCACAAAAACUUCGGUGGAAAGAUGAUGGAGAACUAUGACGAAAAAGCUUGGGCAGCCAAAGCAUAG